CCCUCCUUCCUUCCCCCGCCGGCCCGCCUCAGCGUACUAGCUAGUAGUAGCAGUUUGGUCCUGGCCCAGCAGAGCUGCGACGACAUGCUGCUCUGGACAAGAGCGGCUGCGGCUUUGCUCCUCCUCCUUGUCACGGCGGCGGCGGCGGCCAAAGCGGAGGAGGAAGCAGCGUUGCUGCCGGCGGAGCCGAUGGAGCUCUACUUCUCGCCCGCGGAGCUGGCCCGCAUCGCGGGGUACGGCGAGGAGCCCGUUUCGUCGGUGUUGGUGUCCGGCCAAGUCGCCUGCGAGCUCUGCCUCCGUCCCGGCUCCGACCUCCUCGCCUUCGAGCUGCCAGGUGCUAAGGUAGCUGUACUCUGUAAAACUGACGGACCCAAUGAUCCGGUGGCUGACUCUGCAUUUGCAACGACCGACGAGUUUGGCAACUUCACAAUAGAUCUCCCUUCCCAGCUCCACGCCACAGAAAAUCUGGAGAGGGCUUGCACUGUGAAGGUGCUCCAGCUCCCGGCGGACUCCUCGUGCCGCCUCCGACACUGCCCCAGCACCACCUAUGGCCUCAGGCUGUCUUCUCAGGAAGAUGGCGUUCGAGCCUACACCACCGGGGUGAUACGGAUACAAAACAGUGAUACGCCGCAUGACAAGUGUGUGAGUGUAGAGGAAAGAACUGAAAGAAGAUGAACAAUUAGUUGAAACAAACUCGAUAGGAAGCAAACAAUGCCAUGUGAAAUUGGAGAGAAGGUAAAAUUUUGAGAGAGUAAAGUUCACUGGUCCCUAGUACAGCUAUACGCAAGCGUGUAUAGAAAUGUAGAUCGAUAUGUGUGUAUGUGUAUGUAAUCUUAGCAACGACAACUGUGCAGGAAUCAGUUCAUCUUCAGAGAGUUCAGUGUUCAACUGUUCACUAUAGCAAAUUAAGGAAAGCCACCUUUUGAUAAA